UCUAAAAAAUAAUGGCAUGGGUAAAAUUCUUAAGAAAACCUGGGGGUAACCUAGGAAAGGUUUAUCAGCCUGGUAGUAUAUUGUCCCUGGCCCCCACAAAAGGCUUAUUAAAUGAACCAGGACAAAACAGCUGCUUUCUUAACAGUGCUGUUCAGGUGUUGUGGCAACUUGACAUAUUUCGGCGAAGUUUGAGAGGCUUAACUGGACACGUAUGUCAGGGAGAUGCUUGCAUAUUUUGUGCUUUAAAGGCGAUUUUUUCACAGUUUCAGCACAGCCGUGAGAAAGCCUUGCCAUCAGAUAACAUGAGACAUGCUCUGGCAGAAAGUUUCAAGGAUGAGCAGCGCUUCCAGCUGGGAUUCAUGGAUGAUGCAGCAGAGUGCUUUGAAAAUAUUCUUGAGAGGAUUCAUUUUCACUUAGUGCCAAACAGUGAAACAGAUAUGUGCACUUCAAAGUCCUGUAUUGCUCAUCAGAAGUUUGCUAUGACGCUUUAUGAACAGUGUGUCUGUCGCAGUUGCGGAGCAUCGUCAGACCCGUUGCCUUUUACGGAGUUUGUGCGUUACAUUUCUACCACAGCCCUAUGUAAUGAAGUAGAUAGAAUGAUGGAAAGGCAUGAACGUCUCAAGCCAGAAAUGUUUGCAGAACUGCUGCAAGCAGCAAAUACUUCCGAUGACUACAGAAAGUGUCCUAGUAAUUGUGGUCMAAAAAUAAAAAUUCGUCGUGUUCUUAUGAAUUGCCCUGAGAUUGUCACAAUUGGUUUAGUCUGGGAUUCAGAACACUCUGACCUGACAGAAGAGGUUAUGCGGAAUCUGGCAACGCAGCUUUAUCUUCCUGGGCUGUUUUAUAGGGUUACAGAUGAAAAUGCCAAAAAUAGUGAACUCUUUCUUGUGGGAAUGAUUUGCUACACAAGCCGACAUUACUGUGCCUUUGCCUUUCACACCAAGAGUUGCAAGUGGGUGCUGUUUGAUGACGCUAAUGUAAAAGAGCUUGGAACAAAAUGGAAGGAUGUGGUUUCCAAGUGUAUUCGAUGUCACUUUCAGCCGUUGUUGCUAUUUUAUGCUAACCCAGAUGGCACGGCUGUAUCUCCAGAAGAUGCUCCGAAACAGAUUAUUCACUGUUCUCAAUACAAAGCAGCAGGAGGAAAUGGGGAUGACUUGGGAUUUGAAAAGCAAUCUGCUCCUAAACCAGACCAUGUGAAAGAGAAUGGAAUUGGAGACCCUGCUAAUCAAAAGAAUAAUAAAAAACUUCAGCCAGAUAAUACAGCAUUCAGCAGGAGCCAUAUUCAGGCUAGUGGCGGUAGAGGUCCGGCUAAGUUAAGUUACAGUGAUCAAAAAGACAGGCUAAAGGACAUAUCCAGAGAGUGUGCUCAGAAAGCGGCCGAUAUGAAAAGCUUCUCAUCUUUACGCAAAGAUGCAGACAGAGGCCCGAGAAAAGAAUCUGGGAGACAAAGAGAUUUGAUUGUGGAAGAUCGUUCCAAUUUCAAGUCAGGGUCUCCUCCGGUUGGAAAUGGACUUAGACAAUAUCCUGAUCAGCGGAUAUACAGCAGCCAGGGAAAAGGACCAUAUAAGCAUGACAGUGCAGCUCACCAAGCCAAGCUUUCUGUACAGCUGCUAGGAUCAARCAAAACAGAAGCUUUUCCUGCUGGGGAGAAGGGGAUUGUCAGGACCCGGACUGAUGGUGUCACUGGCUAUGACACAGACAGCAGCCAAGACUCAAGGGACAAAGGAAGUAUCAGCAGCAGCAGAAGCAGAAGUAAAGGCUGGAAACCCAUGCGGGAGACGCUCAAUGUAGACAGUAUUUUCAGUGAGGCUGAGAAGAGGCAGCAUAGCCCAAAACAUAAAACAAAUCUAAACAGUAAAUCUAAGCAUGAAAAAGAGCGGAGCUUUAACCACUGGCCAAAAGAGAACCAAGUCCAGAAAGGUUUAAUGACUAUAUACGAAGAUGAAACAAAACAGGAUACAGGAAGUCGAAGUUCUUUGGAUUCGGAKGGAAAAGGGAAUGCUGAAAAAAGCAAAGGAUUUACAGAGAGAAAAAUCCAUGGUGAUAACUGGCAAAUGCAGAGGACAGAAUCGGGGUAUGAAAGCAGUGAUCAUAUCAGCAAUGGAUCUGCAAAUCUGGACUCUCCUGUUAUUGAGGGAAUCAGCCCAGCAGAUGUCAGGAACAUUAAAGAAAGUGUUUCCUGCAGUGACCAGAACUUGUCAACUAAGAAAACUGAAAAUGUCUUACAUUCUGUAUCCCAGCAGAGCAGAAACUACUAUGCCCCAGACUUGAGGAAAGACCAGAUAAAUUUGGAAGUUAACUACAGACCUCAUGUUAACCUCCCGAAAGAAUUACAUUUGCAGAUGCCUAGUCCUCCAGUAAAGAGAGCUGACCGGCCUGAGACUAAUAGGAAACUUUUCCAAGGAACUCUACAGCCACUUCUUAAAGACCAUGUUAGGAUGGAAAGGAACAAGGCAAACGAACAAAACUCUUCAGAGUGGUUUAAUCCAGAGAGGUUCGAGAAGAUGAACGUGCCAGUAUACUGCACGGAGAGCGUAGCCCGCCCUUACGCAGAAAACAUCUGCGGAAGGAGGCCGACCCCCAAUGACUUUCACUCCUCUUCUCAGCCGCAGCCUCAUCCUACAAGAACUUUUGCCCCAAGGUUGGGCUUGUCGCCUUUGGUGCCCCAGCACGUGCCGGAGCUGCCUGCCGGGCUCCCCACUCCAGGCGAGCACACCGGGCACCCGCUCCGAAGGGGGGACGCACACUGGGUGCCCGAAGUGGUUUACCAGAAUCUUCCUCCUCCUUUACCUCCAAAGAAAUAUGCUCUGAACGUUUUGCCAGGAUCAGAAAAUAGCUCAGCAGCAGAUGUAAAAUUGACAGAUGUCUUGCAAAAUAAUCUCGGAAGGCAAGCAGUUGCACCUUUAAAAUCGACCUCAGAAGCAAAUGUAUUUAUAAGUGAACAAAGAUUUAAAGAGCCAUUUCAAGGGAAUGAGCUGCUCAUUCAGAAACAAGACUCUCCACCUAGCUUACCAGUGAAUGACUUUUGGACUGUGUCUGAAAACUUUCUAAAGAAAGGAUCAUGUCAUGCAGGACCAAGUGUUAGCUAUGCAGAUGCAAAUGACAGUGUAUCUCUAACGACUUACUUCUCAGUAGAUAGUUGUAUGACUGACACAUACAGGAUGAAAUAUCAUCAGCGACCCAAGCUGUACUUGACAGACACUGGAGGCUUUCACAAAGAAAAGCACCCACCCUCAACUGGACYAGAACUGAGUGCUCCCUACCACGCCACUCUUGGGCCUGGUCAUCCCACGUCUGAGCAAAGAUACAAGGCAAAUGUAGAAGGCAUACACUGCAGUAGAUAGAUUGAAAAUGAUAUGGAUUUGACUUGCAUUUCAUAGAGUUUAUACAUGGAUGGGGACCUUGAGUCUGCUUGUGUCUUAAGCAAGAUAUGGGCAACUGGGACCCGCUUAGGUGUUAGGACUGUUUCAGUGAAUAUGCAAGUAGAGCAGAACAGAGGAUAAGAGGUGCUAAGAUCCUGGUUCUUUGAUAUGUUACUCUUGUUGCCUUAAUGUUUACCUCUGUUAUUCAGCUUCGUCUUUUAUAGUUUAUAUUGUAAAUGGUCCCUUCAGGUUGUACGUAUCUUUUAGCAUUGGGAUCAACUAGAUGUUACUAAUUUUUAUAGAGAAUUUAAAUAGUUGCAGCUUAAGGAGCAUUCCACCAGACUGCAAACUCUAAAUAAUAUUCACAAAUGUUUAAACUAACAAAAAGGAUAAGCAUACUACCAUAUAAUGCAGUAAAUAUAAAGACUAGUAUUUCUCCUGGUAGGUAACAGGAGCUGUUACUCGUUUUUCAUCUGACUUCUGUGAGAGUCUGUGCUUUCACAAACCUUUAAGUGUCUUUAAUACUAGUUUACCCAGCGAAUUUUUAACUUGGAAUUUAAAAAGCCUUAAUAAUUUAUUCUUUUAGAACUGUUCUGGUUUGUAAGCAUUAGGUAAGAUUUUUAAAGGGAAUUCAAAUAAAUCACAAUAGUAGAAUAUCACAAUAAUACACCUGUGUUUGUAUGCAUUUUUAAACUAAUACACUUAUCAGAUUUGUUCCCCAUAAGGUAUCUACUUUAACUUACUAAAAUUCAUUUUAACCACAAAAGGAUGCAACAGAAUAAUACUCAACUGUCAAAGACACAUUCUGUAAGGCCCUAGAUGUAUUGCUAGGUUCAGUUCAGACUGAUUCUCUACUUGCAUGCACAGGCAGCGUUGCUAGUGAACCUCCUAUCUUUUUUUUCAGCUUGACAUCUUGAACUAAGCUUAAGGGAUCAGACAUUCUGAUUUUACUGACAUAAAUUUUUUUCCUUCUUCAGAGCAGUUCUACAAAUGGUAUAGCAUCUUAGCAAAUGAGGCUGAACCUACAGCCCUUGAGACUGUGGUCUCCAAGACAGUACAAGGAGGAGAGGUUCCCCUCUGCUCUGCCUUGCAAUUUUGGCAGCUCAGACAUUUACCAUGCCUUUUGCAAACUUGAUUUAUUUGACUAAUACGGAAGAAGAUUAUCUGGCUUUCAUAUGGUUAGUGAGUUAAAUCAGCUCACAGAAAUAUUCCCUAGUGAGGGGAAGAAGAAAGGAAGGGGAACAAGAUUUAACCUUUGUGGCAGCUGUUGAAUGUUUUGAAAUGACCCACCGCACCUUGUGGUAUCGGAGACUUACACAGGCUCAGAAUUCCCGUAUACCUUCAGUCUACCUUACUGGUGA